AUGAAGUUCUCCAACGCUGUUGUCUUGGCUGCCGCCACCGGCACCUACGCCCAGAUCACCGUUAUCCAGGGUGUCCUCACGUCUGUCGGAAGUGGCAUUGAAGGUCUUGACUCCGCUGCCACCGGUUUCAACGGAGAUGUUGAUGCUGUCAAGUCCAAGGCUGACGCCCUCGUCUCUGCCAUCAAGUCCGGCAAGACCAAGGUCGAUGGUUCCUCGGACCUCACUCUCACCGAUGCUCUGGGCUUGACCGACCCCGUCCAGAGCUUGACCAAGAAGGGCCAGUCCCUGGCCGACAAUUUCAAGGCCAAGCGCUCUGAUGUUGAGAAGGCUGGCGCUUGCGACACCGUUCGCACUGAGCUCAGCGAUAUCAACACCAACUCCAAGGCUCUCAUCGAUGCGGUUGUCAGCAAGGUCCCCAAGGAUGCCCAGACCAUUGCCCAAAGUCUCGCCGCCGGACUGACCAAGGUCCUCAACCAGGCUCAGGACGACUUCUCCGAGUCCAACUGCAAGAACUCUGGCGGCUCUGGCGGCUCCAGCUCCAAGACUGGCGGCGCUUCGGCGACCUCUGCCGCCGCGCCCACCACUGCUGCCGCAACUGGUGGACACAGCUCUGCCUCUGCCCCUGCCACCACUCUGGCUCCCACCUCUGCUGCCCCCUCGGGCAACGGUACCACUGGCGGCAACCCCCCUCCCGUCACCGCCGGUGCCUCUUUCCUGGCUCCCGCUGGUGCCCUCGUCAUGGCUGUUGCCGCCGCUCUUCUGUAA